CCAGGGAGGAGAAAUUUGGCAUCAUCACUAGAACAAAGUUUGGCAGUUUGGGAGAAGCCCUGCAGGAGCCGGACGCACAGAGCUGAUCUGCAGAUCACUGAGUUCAUCCGGACCUGGUUGAUGAGUGUGACGAUGGAGUUUGUGUUGAGCAUGAAGGCCGUUCGGGUCAUGGUUCUAAUGAUGAGUCUUCAUCACUUCGGGCUGCUUUCUGCUCAGGAGUGUCCAUCCACCCACGAUCUACUGAACUCACUGCGGCAGGUAGAGAAGAUGUUGGCGCUACACGAGACAUCGUACCAGCAAGGCCUGCGUUCCCUCAGGAAGAAGAUCAACAGCCUGCACAACAGCACCAUGGCCUUCUUUAAAAUGGCGUCCUGCCCAAAGCCUGACCCCCCGGCUAACGGACGCAGACUGGGCAGAGUGUUUGCUAUGGGACACGAGGUCCACUUCCUCUGUAAGCCCGGCUACGAGUUGAUAGGCCCACGAACCCGCGUGUGUCUGGACUCUCUGAAGUGGAGUGGACAACAGCCCAUGUGCAGAAGACUUAACAGCACCGCCAACUCCUUGGCUUCCUUCUCUUCAGCUGCGUCCUCCUUCGCUGCCUUAUCUGCCUCCUCCACAGCAGCCUCAUCUUCUUCGGCCUCAUCCCCGACACCCUCCUCGCCCUCCUCCUCCAUCCGGCCUUCCAACUGCACACAUUUCCUGGGCUCGACUCACUGCACGUGUGAUGUUGGUUUCACCAUAUCAGGCCGAGACAAUAACAUCUGCACAGAUAUCGACGAGUGCCAUCUUUUCCCCCUGGCGCAGCCUGGCCGUCUCUGCAUCCAUCAGUGUGUGAACACACCCGGAAGCUUCCACUGUGUUUGCCCGCCCGGCUACAGCUUGUCCAGAGACGGCCGCAGCUGCACAGACGUCGACGAGUGUGAAAACCUUUCGCACAACUGCACAGCAGACCGGCUGUGUGUGAACACGUUUGGAGGUUUCCAGUGCGUGACGGUGAAGUGUCCCAAGACAAAAAACGCCACAUACAUCAAGACGUCGCCCAUGCGCUGUGAGAGGAAUCCGUGUAUGUUGGGGGACAGAGCGUGCACUCAAGCUCCAAACUCCAUCUCCUUCCACUUUCUCGCUGUGGUGUCCAACAUGUCCGCCCCUCGCGUCCUCUUCCGGGUGUCGGCAGCCCGCGUGCUGGGAGACACGCUGCGGUUCGGCCUGGCCGGCGGCCACAGUCGCGGCCACUUCAGUGUGCAGCGCUCGGGUCGGCAGACCGGGACUCUCCUCCUGGUGACGUCCGUCAACGGGCCGGCCACGCUGGAGGCCGAGGUGGAGAUGAGUGAGCUGGAGAACAACGCCCUGCUGGGCCGCUACCUCACCAAGGUCACCCUGUUUGUGUCCCCGUACAUGUUCUAGCAGGGAGGACAAGCGAGAGGAGUCCGUGGACCAUUAACCAUUCAGUGGAUACCGUAAGAGUUUGGUGUGAUACUGAGACCUGGAUUUUCAGAGACAUCAUCUUUUUGUUCGUUUGUCAAUGUAGCAGUUAGAAAAGUUGUAGCAUUAGCUUCUCUGGUGACCUCGCAGCACUUUUUUUUAUUAUCAUCUGUGUUUGUUGACUCAGCAUGACCACUUAGCUAUGAACAUGUGUAGUCGUUCAUUCUACAUAUAGACUUAGUGAACCUUUUCUACAGCUUUAAACACGCACAUUUAAAGAGGGACAACAAUAUUUGUUUCUUUCUUCACACCGACUAAUAUUGCUAUAGAUGUUGCCUGGUAAAUCCUGGUGAAGAUGUUUGGAACAGUCAAUUGUUCUGAAGGAUCUUUCUUGGUUUAACACGCCCUGAUAAAAUAAAUGGAUCAUUAAGCAGGCCUCUGCAAAACAUAAUGACCCGGUGAGGAAGUAACUCAGCUGCACCAUUUGGAUCAGCUGCAUCGGUGCAUUCAGUUUUCACCAAGCCUUAAGAGGUUUCAGAAACCAUUGGGUUUAAAACCAUGCAACUUAAUCGGCUCACCCAUGAACCACCACAAGAUGGUUAUUUUAUUAGGUCAACCAAGCUACAGUUAAUGAUUAAUGCUUACUUAUGAAGUUUUGUGUUGGUUUCUUUUGAAAAUGGUUCUGAAAUCUAACAACAUGAGCAGAAAUGGCUGAAACCGAACGCAAGUCUUACUCUUGUGUUUUUGUUUGAAGCAAAGGCUGCUGACCCCCUUUCCUCUGGCUCUGCCUCCAGCUCCUCAACAGACUAAAGAGGUUUUACAUUUGAUCACAAAAGACGGCUAAGAAAAAAGAAACCAAGUGUGCAGUAAAAACAAUUCAUAUUUAAAAUGACAAAUACUGCCUGAUGGAUACUAUGAGCUAACAUUCAGCACAACCCGGCAAGCAUUUAUAAAUGUGCAUGUUCUUGUAAAAGCGCUGAUGUAUUGCAGCUCGUUCAAUUCAGGUUGAUCCUCCAACCAGAGUUUAUAUAUAUAUAUAUAUAUAUAUAUAAAAUCAUCCUGGUCAGAAGAAAGGUUCUGUUCCUACUAGUGUGGAUUUCUUUUCUCUCAUUUUAAGGGAAUUUAUAACAUUGUGGAUUUGUGUUCAUCUGUUCAUUGGUCUGUAACUGAUGUAGCGUAUAAAGGAAGAGAGUAACCAUGUUUACGCUCCUUCUCUGCUUAUAGAGGUUUAUCUUCAGACAUGGUCACAGCUACCAAGUUGAAAUAAAAAGUGGACAAAAAAAGAUUUUUUUUUUUUUUAAAAAAAAGACUCUUUUCAAACUUGAUCAUUUUUCAUGGCUCCUGCUCUCCGAUACUCCAUGGCGACAGCCAGCCACACAUGCAGAAUCUGACAUUAAACAGGAAGGUCGGCACAACUUUUACACUUGUAAUCAAUUCACACGCGUGUAACGCUCACUAAUGACAUGUACUUUUUUUUUUCUUUGCACAAGCAAAAAAAAAAAAAAAAAGUAGAGGUGGUCCUAGCCUGUUUGGCGCUCUGGGCGAACCCCUCCACCCUCCUCAGAUAUUUUAGGAAGGAGGUCAGAGUGUUGCUGAAUGUGUUCACCAUCAAGGGAAAAUUCCUCCAGUGAAGGAUUUCACAAUUGAUGGAUUGUCAAUAAAUCAAGAUUGAAAAGAUGACCCUCAUCCAUCCAUCUCAUGUUUCAGUGAUGCUGGCUGCAUUUAUAAGAGCAGGAAAGAAUAAAUGAAGGUUUAUUUCAACCUCAUGCUGAAACUUUUACUGAAAUUAUGACCUACAGUAUUUAUGUUGUCUUUUUGUACAUGUAUGCAUGUUUGCUGCUCUGAAAGCAGAACAAACAUGUUCUCAUGUACCAUCUCUAUCAUCUCCAGGAUUCAUUGCUUAUCCAUUCCCUUUUUUACGGGUGAAGUAAAGGGUUAAGAGAUAACUUGUACGUUUGUGCUGUGAAAACUGGGAUGUUUUGGCAUGUUGGACAGAAGAAUUUUACACUGAUUUGUCAGGCAGCCAGGGGCCUCCACUGACCAGACAACACACACAUGAAAACACACAACUCAGAUGAACACCAAUCCUCACACACACAACCUCGUGCAACAAACCAGGCCGCACUCCACAGUGGUCCUUACCGUUAGUCUGAGAGCCAGCAGAGAGAACAGCAGAACUGCAGCAGCUAAACGUGCACAGGUUCAGAAGAAUUCAUUUAAGAUCUAGAUUUUAUUUCUGCCACCAUCUGUUUGGGCAGCAGGAUCACAGACAGAAGAGGCUCAAUAAACCUGAGUGCUGGUUCUGUUCUGGGGACUAACUACCUCUGGAGAUUACAGUGCAAAGAAUAAAAUAAAAUACAAUAAGAAAAA